UCCACCAAAUUUCCCCAAACCCGGCUCUUCCCGCUGCAACCGUGGAGGCGGCUGUGCUUCUCUAGAUGGAGAGGCAAGCGGUGAACGCGCACCCGAUGGACCACGCCAUGGCCGGCACCACCAUGAGGGACAUCCUGAGCUCCUGGCUCCCGGACCCGCUCGUCUACGCCGACGCCAUCCUCUCCGCCGACUUCUCAUCCCCCACCGCCGGCGGGGCGGCCGUCGCCGAUCAGGACCGAGUCAGCGCGCUCCCGGACAACAUCCUCCGCGACAUCGUCUCACGUCUUCCCGUCAAGGACGCCGCGCGCACCGCCUUGCUCUCGUCGCGCUGGCUCCCGCUGUGGCGCUCCGCGCCGCUCGUCCUCAUCGACGCCCUCCUCGUCUCGGGAGCUGGUCACGGCGGGACCGGGACCCUAGCUCGUGACGCCGACUCCAGCGCGGUCACGGCGGCGGUGUCUCAGGCCCUGGAGGCGCACCCGGGCCCCUUCCGCUGCGUCGACCUCACCAGCGCCGCCAUGGUCGCGCACCACGCCGAGCUCGUGCGCUGGCUCUACCUCCUCGCAAUCAAGCGCGUCGAGGAGCUCAUCUUCGUGAAUCGGCCCUUGCCGCUCGACGUCCCGCUCCCGAUCGCCAUCUUCAGCCUGCCGUUCGUCAAGCGCCUCCACCUCGGCGUCUGGAGGUUCCCCAACACCGCGCAACUCCCCCGUGGCGUUGCCUUCCCCAGCCUCCAGGAGCUCCGCCUCGGCUGCAUGGCCAUGGAUGACAAGGACCUCGACUUCGUCCUCGCCAGGAGUCCAGCCUUGGAGAACCUCGUGCUCUACACGAGCCAGAGGCAAGUGAACCUCCGCAUCAACAGCAGCAGCCUGUGGUCCGUGCAGCUGUGCAUGUGCGUUGUCCAUGACGUCGCUGUCGUGGACGCCCCGCGACUGGAGCGACUCUUCCUGUGGGAGACGAUUUCUUCUUUCUCCAGAGACAAAAUCCGCACUAGAGUCAAGAUUGGGCAUGCCCCCAAUCUGCGGUUAGUGGGAUUUCUGGAGCCGGGAGUACAUGUUCUUGAGGUUGGCGACACUGUCAUCAAGAUUGGGACAAAGGCAAGCGCACAUACCAUCAUCCCAAGUGUUAAGAUAUUGGCCUUGAAGGUGCGUUUCGGAGUCCGCAAUGAAGCCAAGAUGCUCCCUAGCUUCCUCAGAUGCUUUCCUAACAUUGAGACACUGCAUAUUGAGUCUAGGAAAGCUGAUGAGCCAACUGGCACACUCAGUCACAAGUUCUGGCAGGACAACGCUCGUACUGAAUGCGUGUCACACAUCAGGGAGAUUAUUUUCCACGAGUACCAUGGGAAGAAGAGUGAGCUUGCCUUCAUUAAGUUCAUCCUCGAGAACGCUGAGGCAUUGCAGGAGAUGGCGAUUGUGUAUGUCAAUGGUAGUUUCUCCUCAUGGGAUGAGGCUGACACCAAAGUGAUGAAGGAUCUAUCUUGUGUUAAACGGGCCAGUCAGAACUGUAAUAUAGAGGUCUUGGAGAGUUCUAAUUCUAGAGGAAGUUCUUCUUGGAGCUGCGAGGAGGCAUCCGAUUCUUGUGUUAUUGACCCUUUCGAGUACUGCUACUGAACUAUGGCCUGGCUGUCUCGUGAUCCAAGCUAGCUUUCUAGGCAAGUGGUUAUGGUAUUCUCCAAUGUUUUAAAUAGCGGGCUAAGACGUUUAGCGGUUCAUGUCUAAAACAGCUAAUAGCGGAGCUAAAUCGGGCUAUAGCGGGAUAUAGCGGCUAAAUUAUACAUGAACACAAAUAGCGGCACUCUGUCUCAAAAGGCUAUAGCGGGCUAUAGCGGCAGCAAUAACGGGAUAUUUAAAACUAUGGUAUUCUCUGCUCUGUUCAUUGCAGUAUCUAUAUGUAUGUCAUUGUCUUACAAUGUCGACAUGUAGAUAGAUAGGGAGUCUUCUAGUAGCAUAUAUCAUGAGAAGAGUUGUAAGGGCUGAAAUUAGCAGCACUUUGACAAU